AUUCCAGUGUUUGACCACCCUGACAGCACGAAGCCAGCGCAGGAGAAAGCAGCUUCCCUGAAGAGCUCUGAGCUCAUGCACAGCCAGGAGAAACUGGAGGCGUCUCCCAAGGAACGGAGCCUGGAUGGCCUGGAUGGCAGCUUGCACCUGAAUGAAGUGCUGAAGGAUGAAGAAAUAAAGAAAUGCCACAGAGAAGCGCUCCCCAGCAAGUACAACUCUCAGUACCACAAGCUGUUCAAGGACAUCCCCAUGGAGGAGAGCGUCUUGAAAGUCUGCUCCUGUGCGCUCCAGCGAGACAUCCUGAUCCAGGGCCGGCUCUACAUCUCGCCCAACUGGCUCUGCUUCCACGCCAACCUCUUCGGGAAGGACAUCAAGGUGGUGAUCCCGGUGGUCUCCGUUCAGUUGAUCAAGAAGCACAAGACGGCCCGGCUGCUGCCCAACGGGCUGGCUAUCCCCACCACGGCCAGCAGGAAGUACAUCUUCGUGUCCUUGAUCUCCCGGGACAGCGUGUACGACGUGCUGAGGAGGGUCUGCACGCAUCUCCAGGUUUCAAGUAAGAAGAGUUUGAGUUUGAAAGAAUUCGCAGAGGAACCUGAUUCCGUGUCCCUGGUCCCUGCCCGUUAUCUCUUGGCCGUUUGCCUAAUGCGCCCUGAGGCGCAGGAGCUGCCGGGAGCCGUCCGCGCCGAGGGGCCGCUGCUCCGGCCUCCGGAGAACGGCGAGUGUGAGAGAGGCGAGGUUACGGGCAGUAGCGGGGGCGUCGCUCCUGCUGUAAAGGCCCUGCUGCAGCUGAAACACGAGGUGAUCGUCCCGGAGGUGAAGUGGAGGAAGGUUUCCCCGGCGGCGCUCUCCCUCGCUCUCCCCGAUGCAGACUACCAGUGCAUCCACCGCGCCUCCAUCAGCAGCCUCAGCACCAAGGAGAGCUCCUUCAAUUCCCAGGAGCCCCUGGUGUCAGAAAGCGCAAUAAACACGGAAGAGGAGUUGGAGGAGGAGCCCAGCUACGUAGCGGAGCUGAGACCAUCCGAUUAUCAGCUCCUGAAAAUCUUCAUCGUGCUGAUCUGCCUCCUGGUGGUGUCCUCCUCCUACCUGGCGUUCCGGAUCUUCCGUCUGGAGCAGCAGCUCUGCUCUCUGAAUCGGGACUACCUCUCGCGCGGGCACCGCAGGUGACCGGCGCCCCACAGCUGUGGCUCGGAUGGACCUUGCCAGGAACUAGCACUUUUGUCCAGCUCUCCCGGGGCCCGCGGUGAGCGUGGCUGCCGUCGAGAGAGUCUGACUCUCAGCCCGUGUAGCUGCUGACUGGCGCUGCCGCCCUCUGUGGUGGCCAAGCCCCAUGUACCUCCCGUGGCCCGGCGUACUGGCCGGCCGUGCAGCCACUUCUGUACGUAGCUCGCUCCCACGCGCCGGCUCCGUCGGAGUCCUGGGGCCGCCGCGCUGGAGAGCGAAUCGAGCCGCGUCUCCGGCUUGGCUGUGAGCAGGCAAGGAAGCGAGCGGCUCGGCGGCCCUGGAAUCGCCUCUUGGACGUAGGAGGUGCCAGAGCAGCGCUCGGUCUGCCGCCCCGAUCAGCACAACGUGCACCCGAUACUGCUGUUUUCCUACCAGCAGGGACCCCUGCUCCAGCAGGGACUGACUGUCCGUCUAACCUGCGCCGGUGCCCGCAGGGCUCCCUGCUGCUCGCUAGGAGAGGGGCCGGUGCCAGCAAAACCACAUGUUCUUCCAGGGCUUUGGCUUGGGCCCAGACGCCCAGUACCCAGCCCACAACGCCAGCGGAGCCGGAGGCUCGAGCACCUACCACACCAGCAUGGGCCAUUGUCGCAUCCGUGGGACAGUGGCACGACAGAAUGGCGACCGGGCCUUUCUGGGGAGAGGCUGCGGGGCCAGACCCGCGUUACCUCCUUUUUUAUUCCGACUUCCGCUUUGUUUUCUUCGGCGAGGACAGCCGUGGCCCUCGGUUCCAGGAGACGCCCCGGGCAGGGGCUGGCCCUCCGGGAGGAGCUCAGGAGGGGGACGCAGCCGGGGCGUGGCCUGUUCUUCUGCAACACACGCCCUAUGCACAGUUCUCACCAGGACGCGUUUCCUCUUGCUCUGGGCCUGGGCCUUGCCGGGUCCCAACAUGCAGCUCCGCUGAGGUGCCAUGUUCCUCCUCAGGCCAGGCUCUGUCAGUCGUCAGGCCGGCGGGCAGUGGACAAUGACGGAUCCCGGGUGGUGCCAGACAGGGCGUGGCGGGCUCCAGGCAGACUCUGGCUGACAUCCAGUUAUUCAGGGGCCAAGAGCAAACUGAGUGGGGGAGAUUCUUGUGCCACGCCCCGGGGGGAGGCGCACCUCUGUGGGGACUGGCUGCAAUGCAGCGACGGGCCAGGAUCGCUGCUUUCCCCGGGGAUAAUUUCGGGGGUGGGUCUGACCCCGUCUUGCACAGCCAACCGCUCCUCUUGCUGGGGUACGACUGUGCUUACAGCCCUUCAGCGACACUAACCCGGGCUCUGGGGGGAGCCCCAGCAAGCAGGGCUGUGGGCUCACAUGGCAGACAGGGCCCCCCCACCCGGCCCAGCCAGCCACGCUGCUUCAGCGCUCUGCCUGGGUCAGGUCUGCGCCCAGCGCUUGCCCCCCCCCCCCGAGGUCAGGCCCCGGGCUGCCGGCAGCGGUGCACGUUGAUCGUGUCAGCCGCGGGUCUUGGCAUGCCACGGUAGAGCGGGCAGCAUCCUAGGGGGGAGAUGGAGCCACCAUCUGUGCAGCCAUGCCUGCUGGCUUGCGUGGCCCGUGCAGGGAGAAGCCCUGUGAUGCUGACUCCAGAGCCCGGCUGAGCUUGUUUCACUGCCAUUUGUGUCGUGGUGGCUACCGGCCUGUGCCGGGGCUCGGCUCCGGGCGCACCGAGGUAGGACUGUGCUGCCCAUCGGUAAGUCGGUUGCUUGCUUUGAGCACUCCUCCGUUUUCCUGUCCUAGCUGCAGGUUACGUGCCAUUUCCCAGCUGCGUUUUUUGUCCUUUGCCCCUCGAGCAGGAUGGCCGCUAAGCAGGAGAACUCUACGGGGAUGCCAGAGCGGCUCCCGCAGGAAGGCCGGACGUUACUUCCUCCCCCGCCCCCUGCGUUGCACCGCUGAACACCAAGGGCAGGCUGCCAGUCGCGCUAGCUCAGAUCAGCUGGGAGGUGGCGGGGAGCAUAUACCCCGCUAGGGUUUCAGAGCAUCCUUUCUUCUCUCUAGAGGGCAGGGGAAUGUGGCCAAGCGGUAACCCAGAGAUGAGCAGCCAGGCAGGUUCUCGGUGGUGGCACAGUCCUUUUCCGAGACCCCGUCUGCCCGAGCGGGGCUGCACAGAGGAGAAGAGGGACCGUCCUGUGAGCGCUGUGCUCAGGAGACAAGGGCCCUCGCGGUGGUACGGGCAGCCGUGGAUACUCAUGCGGGUGUUCCCAGCGUGCGCGCUGCCAGCCCUCCCUGCCACUCGCUUUGCUCCUCACCAAACGCCCCUCGCUCCUGUUCCCGACUGGCUGAGGUCUGCCCCGGCCCGCGGACGAGCAAGCAGUGUUUGGUGAAGGACCCCUGCAGACAGGCCAGGCGCGGAGCAGGCGAGGGUUGCCAUCCCCUGAUGCCAGCGGGAUCUUGGCUGGCCUCCGCCCGAGCCCGUGUCCCUCAGGAUGUUCAGGGCCCAGCUGUGGCACGGGGGGGACUCGGCUGGUUUGUUUGGGGGUGAGGUGGUUCGCAGUCCAGGAGCGAAACGUGGCGCUCAACUGCCAUGACCUGCUUCUUACCCGAGUCGCCUCCUCUAGCCAGCUGCUGCCGGGCCGUGCAGACAGCAGAGCAGCCUGAUUCCUGCAGCCCCCGCUGGCAGCACAACCAUUGGGCCCCGCGCUCUGCCUGCCUCAAGAUUCCCUGCCCCCCAGCCUGUGCUCCCUACUGGCGUUAGUCCUGGGCUGGCGGGGGAGGCCGGUUCACAGCGCCAGCGUGGUCAGGCUGGUGUGGAAGCGGUAAGACCUGGGGUACAAAGGCCCCAUUGCCACAAUCCCAAGGCACGAGGAAGGGCUCCACUCAGAGGCCGUGCUCCCGCUGCCUGGCAGGGGCAAAGGCCACAGCCAGCCGUGGUCCCUGUGGCUGAGGGAAGGGGAGGAGCCGGGGAGGGGCUAAUGACCAUGGCAAAGCUCGUUGGGAGAAGCCAGGCUCUUGGCCAGAGCCCGGUCUCGCUGGGCCAGGUGCUCGCGCAGUACUCCGGUCCCGGAGCAAUCCUGCGCUGUUGCCCCUUCUGGUGCGCCAGGGUGCGCUGGGCAGGCAGCAGUGGACUCUGCAUGCCCACCCAGCCUGGCUGCUGCUAUUUUUCUAUGUGCUGUAAACCAGAAGUAUUGCUACAGGUCUAGUGCCUGGUGUGUGGCCCCCAGCCUGUUGUACCACCACGUGCGCUGGCCGGCGGGUGGGACAAGAAUGCUGUCUCGUCGUAGCCUGUGAAGACGUUUUCAAUAAACCCAGCAUUUUCUAAUGGGUCAGGGCCCGACCGGUCUUUGGGCGCGUGGGGAAACGCGGGGGCGCGGAGCUGAGGUUCACUGCCCUGCGGGCUCGGCCUGUGAGCAUCUACGGUACAGACCAAGCCGGGCCUGAGCAGAGCACGGCUGGGGUGUCUCAAGGGAGAUGCUGACGGUGCAGGAGUGGUGAGGGGC